CCCGAGUUCUUCGCUUCCAGGCUCCGCACGUGACCGCGCCCGCUGCUGCCUCAGGUGGCGACGCGAGAAUCUCGUCUGGCCCCAAGGGGGCAAAAUCAGAACGAAUACGACAUUGUCAGCCCCCAACGAUGGACGACGCCCUGCCCAUGCAGAUUCGCUCCAGGCGAUCACACAAUAAAUCCCGCUCGGGUUGUCAGAACUGCAAGAAAAGACGCAUCAAGUGUGAUGAGAAAAAGCCACAUUGCACCAACUGUGUGCGGCAUUCGAUCGAAUGUGACUUCACCAACCCGGCCUCGGCCUCAUCCACGCCCCCCGCUGCCACUCGACGAUUUCGAUUUCGACAAUCGAAAUACCAGCCCGCAUCCAGAGCAUCAUCUUCCAAGGAUAGUACGCCAGAGGCAGGCCAUAGUGAGCCUCCCUCCACCUCGACGGGAGUGCAAUGUGAUCUCGCCGCCAGCAGCGUGGCCGGCGGCAUCUCGUUCGCCGACCUGAAACUCUACCAUCACUACGUGACCGCAACGUACAAAACCCUGGCGGACGAGGAAACAGACAUCAACCAUGUCUGGUCCGACCACGUGCCUCAAUGGGGUAUCGCAUUCCCCUCCAUCAUGCAUUUGGUUCUCGCGCUCUCGGCUCUCCACUGGGGACAUGAGGACCCGGCAUCGCGAACGCAGUACAUCGCUCAAGCCGACGACCACUUCACGUUUGGUGUCCGAUCGGUGACGGCCGUCUUGUGUCUCCUCAACGCUGAGAACUGCCAGUUGAUCUACAUGGCGGCCGCGCUGAUCUGCCUAGUGUAUUUCGGUCGGGGGCCGCGACCCGGCGAGUUUCUUGUCUUCAGUGACCGCGGACAAUCCGAGUGGCUGGUGCUGAUGCGGGGCGUGCACUCCAUCCUCAAAGAGCAUCAUAGCCGCGUCUUCACCGGCGUGCUGACUCCAAUCCCCGAUGAGCGGGUCCGUGGCGUGAGUGCUGAGUUACAGCCCGAACUGGAGGAGCAUCUGCAGCGGAUUGGCCGCAUUCGUGCGUUCGUGCAGUCGCGCGUCCAGGGUGAAUCGUGCCAAGCCAUGUUUGACACAGCCAUUGAUGACCUGCUCUCCGGGCUUGAAGAGGUGUAUAAGGUCCGCAGCGCCGGGAAGGAUGGUAUCAACCUGAUGCACAUUGUGGUGGGGUGGGUGUACCGACUUCCGGAGCAGAUGAUCGGUCUGUUGGAAGAAAAGGACAGCUGCGCAUUGGUGAUGUUUGGGCAUUGGAGCAUCCUGCUGGUGUAUAUGCGGUCGUCGUGGCUGAUGCGAGGAUGGGAUGCGCAUGUGCUUGAAGGCGUGCGGGCGUCGUUGCAUGAGGGGGACCAGCACUGGCUGGAGUGGCCAAGCAAGGUGAUUUAUACGUGAAGUAUCAUCAUGACUAUACCAUAAGAGCAUUUUGUCUCUCAACCAGCUGCCCGGAUCCACCGAUAUAUUUUAUCUUUGAUCUAUUUCCGUAUGCUGAUACUCGAAACCAACAAAAUAACCGAGUAACCUCUUGAGAACAUGUUGUGUAUUAUUCAACCCAGUUACAAUCACCUCAACCAAACGAUAAAUAAAACAAGCAACGAAAAUAG